AUGAAAGUCGAGCCAGAGCGAGUCAUCGCGGCGCUCAUUGCUGCCAAUCCCAAGAUGCGGCUGGAUUAUGGCGGGAUUGCACAGAUGUACGGCCUAGGCGCGAAGUACAACACUAUGGAGCACAAGUUCCGUGCUUGGCGAAAGCUGGCUGAGACUCUGCGUGUCGCCGCGGGUGAAGAGGGUCCCCUGACCCAGCCUCAGACAGCUCCCCGUACCCCUCGCACUCCGAACACCCGUGGCAAGAAGGCCACUCCGGCAUCCAAGAAGGCCACCCCCACUGCCAAGAACAAGGUGGACAAGGACACCAAAGAUGUGAAGGCUGCUGACACCGCUGAGGCCGAGGAUGUCGUGGAUAUCUCCAGCGACGAUGACACCCCAAUCAAGGUUAAGCGCGAGGUCAAGGACGAAACUGAAGUCACCCGCUCCCUCCUUGGAAUCAAGAGUCACUCCAUCCUCCACGGUGAUAUCGACGACGAGGUUCAGCUCAUGGAGGAGCCCGCUGCAAAGCGUGUCAAGAUCGAACACUAUUCGGAUGACCUCAUGGCCCAGCUCCUCUCAUUCGCCCCGGAGAAUGAGACCCGUGUGGACAGCAAGAGCAACGGGUAUGAGCUUGAGCUCCCAUCUCUAGCCAUGACUGCCGAUGAAGCCAAUGAUCAGGUCAUUCAGAGCCUGGACAGCAUGCUGAACGGUGCGGGUGAUGCGUUCGAUGCUGCCUUUGGCAACGAGGAGGCCUAA